UUAAUUUCUCAGGUAGAUCAACUUGUACAUAUAGCAAAGGAACAUGAAACAAAACCAAAAUAUGGGUUCGACUGCUAGUGGAGAUCGCAUUACGUCUUUGAUAAACUCUACGAUAUCCCAUGAACUGUCAAUGCUGCCCAAGCCUUCCAUCUUCAGAGCCCCCACCAUUCUCUACAGGCUUAAUCCGCAAGCUUACAUCCCCGAUGCAUUUUCCUUUGGUCCUCUUCAUCAUGACAAACCAAACUUGAAACCCGCAGAAAAAAUCAAAGCUCGGUAUUUGCGAGGCCUUAUUUCUAGGUUACGCUCUCCGGACAGGGACACAAAGCUAAGAGAACUCGUCAGAUCCAUCGAGGCUGUGGAGAGAGAGGCUCGUCAAUGUUACGCUGGGCAAAUCGAUUACACCCCAGAUAAAUUUAUUCAAAUUUUGGUAAUUGAUGGUUGCUUCAUCAUUGAGCUGCUCCGCAAGAAUGCUUAUCAUGAGCUUAGAGAAGAAGAUGAUCCAAUUUUUACCAUGUCUUGCAUGCUCCAAUUCCUCAACCAUGACCUGAUAUUGCUUGAAAACCAAGUUCCUUGGAUGGUACUCGAGCGUUUGUUUUGCAUGACCAUGGAAGAUGUAGACCAGUGCUCCCUAAUGCAACUUGCCAUGGAAUUUUUUGCUCAUAUUUUCUCAUCCACACGGUCUAGUACUAGUCCUGCUCAUGUGGAUCGCGCUAUACUCCAAGACAUAGAGCAUAUUCUCGACCUGUUAAGAAAAUUGUUGAUUUCAUCAGUUGGAGGAGACGAAGAACGGGAGCUAGGAUGGCGACCCAUGCCUUCUGCCAGUAACCUCGCCGAGGCUGGAAUCAAAUUUAGAACGCGUAAAGAGUCCCACAGCAUCUUAGACAUAGAUUUCAAAAAUGGUGUCCUUGAGAUCCCACUUUUACUAAUCGAAGAGACGACAGAAACCAUCUUUAGAAAUCUCAUUAGUUUUGAACAAUGUUACCCGAAUUGCGAAGCUAGGUUCACUUCCUAUGCCGUGCUCCUAGACAAUCUCAUCAACACUACCAAGGAUGUGGAAAUACUUUGCGACAACAAUAUUAUUGCUAACUGGUUGAGUCCAGAAGAUGCAGUCCAGUUCUUCAACAAGCUUUACCACAAUUCUUAUGUCAAAGAAUUCUACUACAAAAGAGUUUGCCGGGAUGUGAAUAAAUAUUGCCAACGCAGGUUGCCCAGAUGGCGUGCAGUGCUUGUGCGCAACUAUUUCAACAAUCCAUGGGCUAUUCUUUCGAUACUGGUUGUUUUUGCGUCAUUGAUCCUCUCCUUGUUACAAACUGUGUUUACCAUAAAACAGUAGUGUUAGCUAGCUAGCUGUUGCAGAGGAUAAGUUUGGAAGGUGCCCAGCUAAUAAGGAAGGAGUUUCCAAGCGAGGAAAUGGCUAUAGAAUAAAUUGUUUGUUUAGGCAAUAUUGCCUGUUUUGGAAAUAUGUCAAUCCGCAUUUAAUUCU